UUUUAAUAUAAACAAACUACAAAUUUGUAACAAAUUAUAUCUAAGUACUUACUUUGAAAUCUAGAUUAAUAACCCCCAAUUAUAUUCCAGAUACGAUGGCACCACUGUACAGCGGCCCGGACCGUAUAAAAGCCGGCAAGUGUAGAUCGAAAGCCGUAGUCAACUAUUAUUCCUUCGAAGGAGUUGAACGGGUGUUUCCACACAUUCUCUUCACAAAUUUUCCCGCCAGUGUACUUUUGUGACGUCACGUUUUGACAGAUUAAUUUAAAAAAGCCACAAUGGUGACCAACAUGACUUUACUCCUGAUCAUCGUGACGGUGGCUUCGGUAACCGCGCAGACGUUCCAAUACUCCCGCGGCUGGACCAACGGCAAGCGUGACGGACACAAGCACACGGACGAACGCGAACAUAACCUCGAACGGAUCCUCAGCCCGUGCCAGAUGAGCAAGCUCAAAUACGUGCUGGAAGGAAAGCCGCUCAAUGAGAGGCUCUUCGUCCCCUGUGACUACAUUGAAGAAGAACUCGACCAGCCCAAGAGAUUCAGGAACGACCGCAACCAAGAAUCCCUCUUCGACGCAUUCCAGUGAAGCGUACUAUUAUUAUUUAUUUAUGUGCCAAAGAUAAUGAGAUUAUUGUAAUUAUAUUUAUACAAUAAAAGACCAUAUUCUAAGUAUUAUAAGUGUUAAAUCAUGUAAACGCUUUUAAUAGUAAUGCGUAUUCGGCUGGAUUUAUGCAUUACUGCUUUUCCAAUAUUUCAAUUUAUUCCACGAUAAUAGUAUUAUACAAAAUGUAAAUUAGUGAAAUAUCAGAAGCUAUGUAUGUUUAAGUACCUAAGUAAAGUGUUACAAUAAAAACCUAUCAAGUGCUGCUGUC